AUAGUUUGUGGGUAUUGAAGAGAAGACAUUAAAUUUUUUAAUGGCCAAGAAGAGCAGAGAGAAUAUUGAAGAGAAGAAAAAAGGUGAAAGCAACAUGCAAUGAAUUACAGAGUGAUACAAAAAUGGCGUUAAUGGGAGGAAUUGGAGUACCCUCAUUCUCUAUCUGUUGUUUCUUCCAAACAAGACCCACCAGACGUUUGUGUCUCAAAUUCAGAUUGAAACCUUCAUCAUCACAUUCAGUCACUACCAUGGCAUUCACCAAUAAUACCAAUGAAAGGAAGCUUCCUGUUCUGCUAUUUGAUAUCAUGGAUACCCUUGUUCGUGACCCUUUCUACCAAGAUGUCCCUGCCUUCUUCGGAAUGUCUUUAAAGGAGCUCAUAGAUAUCAAGCACCCAACUGCUUGGAUUGAGUUCGAAAAGGGUCUCAUUGAUGAGAUGGAGCUGGCAAGAAAAUUUUUUAAAGAUGGAAGGGAUUUUGAUUUAGAAGGCCUUAAAACUUGUAUGAGAAGUGGAUAUUCGUACAUAGAAGGCAUCGAACCGUUGCUUCUUUCCUUAAAGAAAAACAACUAUGAGAUGCAUGCUUUUACAAACUACCCUAUAUGGUACCAGUUGAUUGAAGACAAGUUAAAACUAUCAACAUAUUUAUCGUGGACAUUUUGCUCAUGCACAUUUGGAAAGAGGAAGCCUGAUACUGAAUUCUAUAAAGAAGUUGUGAGGCAUCUUAAUGUUGAUCCAACAAAUUGUAUUUUCGUAGAUGACAGGCAAACAAAUGUGGAGGCUGCAACUGAAGUUGGCAUCAGAGGUCUACAUUUCAAGAAUGUCAAUUUACUGUGUGAAAAACUGUCAUUGAUGGGAAUUGACAUUUCAACAGAAGAAGAAUGACAGUUCUUUUUAUGUUCAGUUUCUUAACUACAAUUUAAUUUUUAGAUUUAUUUUAUUAUAUGCAAGUGGAAGCAAAUAGUUAUAAAUAACAAGUAUUUCCAAAUGUAUAUUUGUCAACCUUUGAAUAAAUCAAAAGGUUUCUUAAGUGCUUUGUUAUCUACAGUAGCAUUUUUCACCUCAAUUUGAUCUUGUAAUCUUAAUUUGUGUUUUAUAUUAUUUCUCUAUUUCAAUUUUAAAAACUUUAAAGACAUCCAAAACCU